GGAUUUGAAUCGCGGCUGGCGCGCGGCGGCCGCUCGGUGCCGGCUCCGGAGCGCGACCCUCCCGGGCCCUGUCGCGACAGAACCGGCGGCACCCGCGACAUGAAGGCGGCGGCCAGGACGCCGAGGAGGCCGAGGAAGGGCACGAACCCCGCGCUGAGGGACCCGGUGGGGGUGUACUGCCGUGUGCGGCCGCUGAGCCGUGCGGAUCAUGAGUGCUGCAUCGAGGUUGUCAGCGACACCACGGUGCAGCUGCACCCGCCCGACGCCUUCCGCGUCUGCCGCAACGGCGAGUACCGUGAGACCCAGUAUUCCUUCAAGGAAGUUUUUGGGACGCUGGUGGAGCAGAAGGAGCUCUUUGACGUGGUGGCCAAACCGCUGGUGGAGGAUUUGAUCCGUGGAAAGAAUGGUCUCCUGUUCACCUACGGAGUGACGGGCAGCGGGAAGACGCACACCAUGACGGGAUCUCCCGGGGACGGGGGGCUCCUGCCCCGCUGCCUGGCCAUGAUCUUCAACAGCAUCGGCCCCUUCCAGGCCAAGAGAUUCGUUUUCAAGCUGGAUGACAAGAACGGGGUGGAUGUGCAGAGCGAGGUGGAGGCUCUGCUGGAACGCCAGAGGAGAGAGGCUCUGCCCAUCCCAAAAACUCCGGCUGGGAAGAAACAGCUGGAUCCUGACUUUGCUGACAUGAUCGACGCCCACGACGGCUGCCGGGCGGAGGAGGUGGACGAGGACAACGUCUACGCCGUCUUCGUCUCCUACGUCGAGAUCUACAACAACUACAUCUACGACCUGCUGGAGGAGGCUCCCUUCGACUCCAUCAAACCCAAGUGGAACAGUUGCAACACCCCUGUGAGAAAUGGAGACUUUGUACCUCCCCAGUCCAAAAUCCUCCGGGAAGACCAGAACCACAACAUGUACGUGACGGGCUGCACCGAAGUGGAGGUCAAAUCCACGGAGGAAGCUUUCGAAGUCUUUUGGAGAGGGCAGAAGAAGCGGCGCAUCGCCAACACGCAGCUGAACCGGGAAUCCAGCCGCUCCCACUCCGUCUUCAUCAUCAAACUGGCGCAGGCUCCUCUGGAUGCGGACGGGGACAACGUGCUCCAGGAAAAGGAGCAGAUCACGCUGAGCCAGCUGUCCCUGGUGGAUCUGGCGGGAAGUGAGAGAACCACCAGGACCAAAGCCGAGGGGAGCCGGCUGCGGGAGGCAGGGAAUAUCAACCAGUCACUGAUGACGCUGAGGACGUGCAUCGAGGUUCUGCGGGAGAACCAAUUGUACGGAACGAACAAGAUGGUUCCAUACAGAGAUUCCAAACUGACUCAUCUCUUCAAGAACUAUUUCGACGGAGAAGGGAAAGUCCGGAUGAUCGUGUGUGUGAAUCCCAAGGCUGAGGACUACGAGGAAAGCCUGCAAGUGAUGCGCUUUGCCGAGAUGACGCAGGAGGUGGAGGUGGCCCGGCCCGUGGACCGGCCCCUGUGCGGGCUGACGCCGGGGCGGCGCCUGCGCAACCAGGCCUUCCGCGAGGAGCUCUCCCGAAAGCUGCAGCUCCGGGGCGGCCCCGUGGCGGCAGGACCAGAGGAGCAAUCUGCUGCCGAGCUCUUUUUCCAGAGCUUCCCUCCCCUGCCUUCCUGCGAGCUCCUGGACAUCAACGACGACCAAACGCUCCCAAAACUGAUCGAGACCCUGGAGCAGCGCCACAAAAUGAGGCAGAUGCUGGCAGAGGAAUUCGCCAAAAACGUUCUUGCCUUCAAAACGAUGCUGCAAGAGUUUGACUCCAGUGUGGCAUCCAAGGAAAAUUAUAUCCAGGGAAAACUGGCUGAGAAGGAGAAAACCAUCACGGGGCAGAGGACGGAGAUGGAGAGGCUGGAGAAGAAGAUUAAAACCUUGGAGUACAAGAUGGAGAUCUUGGAGAAGACGGCCACGAUUUACGAGGAGGACAAGAGGAACCUGCAGCAGGAGCUGGAGAGCAAGAGCCAGAAGCUGCAGCGGCAGGCGUCGGAUAAGAGGAGGCUGGAGGCCAGGCUGCAGGGAAUGGUGGCUGAGACCUCCCUCAAGUGGGAGAAGGAAUGUGAGCGGCGGGUGGCAGCCAAGCAGCUGGAGAUGCAGAACAAGCUGUGGGUGAAGGACGAGAAGCUGAAGCAGCUGAAGGCCAUCGUCACCGAGCCCAGAGCUGAGCGGCCAGAGAGGCCUUCCCGGGAAAGGGAGCGGGAAAAGCCUCUCCCGAGAUCCGUGUCUCCGUCCCCCGCGCCCAGCCGUGGUGACCCCGCGGAGCCGGGGGCCAGCCAGGAGGCCCCGCGGGUGCCCCGGCGCUCCAACUCCUGCAGCAGCAUCUCGGUGGCCUCCUGCGUGCUGGAGUGGGAGCAGCGCGGCCCUUCCCGCCAGCCGGCCGCCACUCCCAAAUCCGGGAAUAUGGCAGGAGCGGAGCCGGGCUCGGCCCGCAGGAGAGGGAUGUGCUGGAGCCGAGUGCUGGAGCUGCCCAGGGACAGAGAGGAGCUAGAGCAGGAAGAGGAUUCGUGCUGCAGGGCUGUUCCGGUGACGCCGCUGCGGCCGCGGCGUUCCCGCAGUGCCGGCGAGCGCUGGGUGGAUCACCGGCCGGCCGGGCACGUGCCCACGGAGACGCUGCUGCAGCCGCGCGUGCCCAGGGCCAUCACGGUGGAGGCGCCGAGCGAGCGCGCCCUGGCCCGCUGCGACCGCUACCUGCUGACCCACCAGGAGCUGGCCUCCGACGGCGAGAUCCAGACCAAGCUCAUCAAGGGGGACGUGUUCAAGACCCGGGGCGGGGGCCAGGCCGUGCAGUUCACCGACAUCGAGACUCUCCGGCAGGAAUCUCCCACCGGGCGGAAGCGGCGCUCGUCCCCGCCCGACGCCGACCCCGCGGGCUCGGAAUGCACGGACGUGGAAACCAGGUGCUCCGUGGCCGUGGAGAUGAGGGCGGGAUCGGCGCUGGGCCCGGGAUUCCAGCACCAUGCCCAGCCCAAGCGCAGGAAACCCUGAGCUUUUCCUGCUGGAAUCCCGGAUUUUCCCGGCCUGAGGAAUUCUCCGCUGCUGCUGCUCCUCAGGAACCGCUUUGUGCUCAUUCCCAGAGGUUUCUCGGGAAGCCAGGAAACGCUUCCAUAGGCGAUCCCAAAGAAAUUCUGGAUGGAUCUGACCUUUUCCAUAGAUUUAGGGAAAUCCUAAAGGUCCCUCUGGAAUUCCAAACGGAGCUGGAUCCGUACAGAGCCACCGGGCUUGUCCCUGGGAGAUUUUUCCAGUUUUUUCCCAGUUUUUUUUGGUCCCAAAUCCAUCUUUUCCGGUCAUUCCCUCUCUUUUGGGAGACCUGAGCUGCAGUCCAGCACUUUAAGGGUGUUUUUGGCCAUUCCCGAUUUUACCAGAGCCAGGAAAAACCCGGGAAUACGGAUUUCUCCUGGCGAGAAGGAAGUUGGGAUACUGAAGGUGUCACUGAGCUGCCAGAACAUUCCAGAGUUCCCUGGAAAUCCCAGGAGCAGCGGGAACUCCCUUCCCGCCUGCUUUGGGAAUUCUGGGAUGUUUUCCAGUUGGGAAUGGGGGGAAAGGGGGAAUUCCUCACGGAUGGGGUGGGAAUCGGCUCUCUGUGUUCAAUAAAUCCUUUUAUUCCGAAGCCUC